AUGAAGCGGCUGGGCGACGGCGACGGCGACGGUGACGAUGGCUCGGCCGACAACGACAGCGGCAUCAACACACCGCAGGCCAAGAUCGCGCGGACGGACGGCAACGGCCAUGCGCAGGGCAAUGGCGACUUUUCCGGCAGCGUCAAGAAGAAGAUCGCAGGCUCGACGCGAACAGGCCAGGCUUGCGAUCGAUGCAAGAUUCGAAAGAUUCGCUGCGAUGCGCGGCCGGGAGGCUGUUCACCGUGCCUGCAAAACAACACCGAAUGCAAAACCACCGAUCGAAUAACAGGACGCGCGACGUCGCGCGGCCAUACCGAACAGAUCGAGAAUGAGAAUGCGCAACUGAAAAUGUACAUGGUGGAGCUCCAGCAGCAGCUGCGAGAAAAUGGACUGGAGCCAAAACCACCACCGCCAGCUCCAGCGUACAUGGCCGGCGGAGGUCAGGCAGCAUCGUGGCAACAGGGCCAGAGUUGGGGCAACAUAUACGCUGGCAGCAGCAGCGCAGCAUCGAGCGUGCAAGGCCGCGAUCGCUCGAGCCCGCAAAGUUCUCUCUUGCCCGACUUCCGCGCGGGCUGCAUUGGCGACAACUAUCUGGGAGUCUCUUCGGAGAACAACUGGCUCAGCCCGAUCGAAGGCACUUCUCUGGCUCUAUUCGGCACCAAGAUCGACCUUGCCGAGUUCAUGCCCAACGACUCAGACCCCACCGCGAGCGCAAUGUCGUAUCGGACAUUCCUCAGCCACGCCUUCAGAGCAGAGUAUCCUCAGACGCCCGACCUUCCUGCCUACGAACAGUGCAAAGUGUAUGCAGACUGGUACUUUCGCUCCAUACAGCAGUUCAUACCGCUUCUGCACAAGCCAGACUUCAUGAACUUGCUCGACAAGAUCCACCACCAGAACUACCAGCCCAAGCCGGCAGAAGCCGUGAUGGUGCACAUGGUCCUAGCAGUCAUCAACUUCCAGUUCUCAUCACGAAACGCCAACGAGCAAGCGCGAGAAGACAGCAUGAAUCACUACCACUACGCCUGCAGCUUAAUCCCGGACCUCAUCACAGGCCACACACUAGAAGACAUCCAAGCGCUGGCGUUGAUCUGCUCGCAACUGCGCAAUCAACCGCGACCAGGAGCGGCAUGGAUGUUCACAAAUCUGGUCAUGGGCCUCGCGAUUGAGUCAGGCCUGCACAGAUCUGCGAAAGCUUGGCAGAACUCGGCCCUGGAGCAGGACCCUCAUCACUUGGAGAUGCGGAAGCGAAUAUUCUGGAGCAUACUGUUGUUCCACGUUCACAUCAGCGGUAAGCUGGGUCGUCCCAUGCCACUGCGCAUGGACGACUUCGACAUUGAAAUGCCCGAAGCCAAGCCGGACAACCUUCCCGGUGAGCCCACUGGAAAGUGGAAGAACUGCUCAUUCAGGGCUGGCAUUGAAGGUUUCAAGCUCCUCAACAUCAUGAUGCAGGUUUACUCAACCAUCUACUCGAUCAGAUCGACUGGUCAGUAUGAGAUGAACAUUCGCCAGCUGGAGAAGGAUCUGGAGAACUUUCACCAGCAAGUGCCGGUUGAACUUCGAGGAGGACCGCAAAGCCAGGAAGAGGACAGGAUUUCAGCCCUGUACCUGGACAUUUCCGUUGCCGAGUGCCAACUGCUUCUCCACCAUCCCUCACUGUGCAGGACGGCGUCGCCUCAACUGAUGAAUCAGAACCUCGACACAUGCCUCCACUGGAGUGGGAAGCUACUCGAAUCUGCGACACAGCUGAAGACAUUGAAGAGCCUCGACACGACGUGGUACUACUCGACGGACUUCUUGGCCGCCAUUUUCACAACGCUAUUCGCAUAUACGGAAAGGAGGGACCAAAUGACCUCGCAGGACUUGCAGAGAUUGAGGCAAGACAUGGAUUCGUGGAUCGAUGUCAUGGCUGAGGUCGCUAAUCUCUUA